AUGGUUUCAUUCAAGCUCUUCCUGCUCCUCUGCACGUACCUGGGUAUUGUUCUGUCCAUGCUUCAUGAUGCACCUGAAGUCGUGGAAAGCCUGCCUGGUAUCCCCAAGGGGUGGAUGCAGGAGAUGGAUGAGCCUGCAAAGAACCAAGUCUUAGUCCUGCAACUCGCCAUGGAUCAGCCACUUCUAGCCGAUUUCCAUCAGCUUAUCCACAACAUCUCGACCCCUGCUCAUCCCUCAUAUGGCAAUCAUCUCACUAAAGACGAAGUUGAUGUGUGGACGCAGCCAACCAGCGGAGCUGGUGAUCAGAUCAUAGCAUGGCUUAAGAGCAAAGGAGUCGACGGAGAUACCAUCAAGGUGUCUGGACACUGGAUCACGUUCAACGUAACUGUUUCAACCGCCGAUGCUAUCUUGGGCACCAGAUUCUAUUCCUAUCGACAAAAGGAGACCACAGUGAUCCGCACACUGCAGUACUCUGUGCCUUCCAAUCUGCGAGACAUGAUGAAAACAAUCCAACCCACGACUCGCUUCGGAAGUCCAAAGCUUCAGAUCAGGUUGGAUCACGACGAGCAGCCUUUGCAGAUAUCCUCCUCCACAUUGACCACAUACAACGAGACUUUUUGUAACACCACUGUGACCCCUGCCUGCAUUCGUGGCCUCUACCAAAUGAGCGAAUUUACUCCUUCCGCGAACGAUACGAUGCUUGGGAUAUCUGGGUUCGAUGGGCAGGUGUACUACGUCGAUGAUUUGAAUAUGUUUAUCUCGAACCUGAACCCCUACUUGAUGGGCUCGCUCAACAUCACCAGCAUUAAUGGAGGUAUUGCAAAUUCGGAGUUUAACGUCAACACCAGUGCCGAGGGCAAUCUUGACGUUCAAUAUGCUGCUGCCCUCACUGGAGGCACGCCUAUAACAUAUUACUCGACGGGUGGACAAGCGCCCAUUGACCCAGAUCUCGAUCAGCCUGUGGCGGCCAACGGAACCAACGAGCCUUACUUGAACCAGCUCCAAUACCUAAUUGGUCUUGAUGACUCGAUACUACCGGGUGUCUUGUCCACCUCUUACGGUGAAGAUGAAGAAAGUGUCCCAUACAACUAUGCCGUACAGGUUUGCAACCUCUUUGCCCAGCUCACUGCUCGUGGCGUGUCCAUCAUCUUCUCCAGCGGUGAUACAGGAGUAGGAAGCGCUUGUCGAUCCAAUGAUGGCAAGAACACACUCCAAUUCUCACCCUCCUUCCCUGCGACAUGCCCCUUCGUUACAGCGGCCGGCGGUACGUACGGUGUCGAUCCCGAAAUAGCCGCAGAUUUCACAUCGGGAGGCUUCUCAAAUUACUUUCCUCGGCCUUCCUGGCAGGACAACACCAUCUAUGAGUAUCUCAAUAGCAUUGAUGACACCAACCAAGGCUACUUCAACACCAGUGGAAGAGCAUACCCGGACGUGUCGGCUCAAUCUGUCAGAUAUUUGGUCUGGAAUGAUGGCGAGCCGGACUUCGUCUGGGGCACUUCCUGCGCGGCUCCGACCUUUGCGGCCAUCAUAAGCAACCUCAAUAGCCUUCGAAUCAAGCAGGGGAUGCCGAGACUAGGCUUUCUCAACCCAUGGCUAUAUACUUCGGGCAAUCAGGGCUUCACUGACAUUACUCUGGGAGCUUCGCGUGGCUGCAGCGGUGUCGACAUCUACACUGGUCAGCCAGCCGGGAAGAUCGAUAAUGCUUCCUGGGCGGCAGGUCCAGGAUGGGAUCCUGUCAGUGGUUGGGGCACGCCAAAUUUCGCUCAGUUGGCUACUAUGGUGGCAUAG